AUAUUUAUUUACUUAUUUUAUUAAUUAAUGGGAUUAGUUUAAUUAAGCGAGUGAUUGGUUUAGAUUAAAAAAGGUAGAAGUCCAUACCGGCACGUGAGUAGCACAUGCGGUAUAUUCAUACUAUAUAUUAUUGAUUGAUUUCCCCCAAACGAUACUCUGAAUCUCAUCAUUUUCAUCUUCACCAACCUCUCUCUCUCUCUCUCUCUCUCUACUUUCUCUCUCAUCUCGUUCCUUUUCAUGGUGAAGAUGAAGAUGAUUCACAGAAUCCUCCCGAGGGCAUUUUCGUCUAAUGCAUCCGUCGUCCGUCGCUUCUCCUCUGCAGCAUCGCAAUCAACUCUCGCCGCCCAACCGGUUCAGGAAAAUGAGCCCGUUAUCCCCAAAAUGCCCCCCUUCGACUACACUCCUCCGCCCUACACCGGUCCCUCCGCCGAGGAGAUCCUCAGGAAACGCCAGCAGUUCCUCAGCCCCGCCGUCUUCCAUUUCUUUAAGAAUCCAUUGAGUUUGGUGGAUGGGAAGAUGCAGUAUUUAUUCGACGAAAAGGGGCGGAGAUAUCUGGAUGCAUUUGGUGGAAUCGCCACCGUUGGUUGUGGCCACUGCCACCCUGAAGUGGUGGAUGCCAUUGUUAAUCAGACCAAGCGUUUGCAGCAUUCCACCAUCUUGUACUUGAAUCCUGCUAUAGCCGAUUUCGCCGAGGCUCUCGCUUCCAAAUUCCCCGGUGAUCUCAAGGUUGUUUUCUUCACAAAUUCCGGGACAGAGGCGAAUGAGCUGGCGUUGAUGAUGGCCCGAUUGUACACGGGGUGUAAUGAUGUAAUUGCAAUUAGGAACGGGUAUCAUGGCAAUGCAGCUGCCACCAUGGGCGCCACUGCUCAAAGUAACUACAAAUUCAAUGUUGUUCAGACUGGAGUUCACCAUGCACAGAAUCCGGAGGAGUACAGAGGCAUCUUCGGAUCUGACGGACUGAAGUACGCAAGAGAUGUUGAUGAAAUUAUUACUUACGGAACACAUGGUCGUGUUGCUGCCUUCAUUUCUGAAGCGAUACAGGGAGUGGGUGGGAUUUUGGAAUUGGCUCCUGGGUAUCUGCCAGCUGUCUAUAACACCGUCAGAAACGCAGGGGGGCUUUGUAUAGCCGAUGAGGUCCAAUCAGGUUUCGCUCGUACUGGGUCCCACUUUUGGGGAUUCGAGGCCCAUGGAGUUGUUCCUGAUAUUGUAACCAUGGCCAAGGGCAUUGGAAACGGAAUACCACUCGGUGCUGUGGUCACCACUCCCGAGAUUGCAAAGGUUUUGACUCAGCGUAUGUAUUUCAAUACGUUCGGCGGCAACCCUGUAUGUACUGCUGCUGGGCUUGCAGUUCUCAAUGUAAUAGAAAAGGAAAAGCUUCAACAGAAUGCCCUCACUGUCGGUUCUUAUCUGAAGGAGCGUCUUACUUCUUUGAAAGACAAAUACGAGAUUAUCGGAGAUGUCAGGGGAAGAGGUCUAAUGCUCGGAGUUGAACUAGUGACAGAUCGACAGUUGAAAACCCCAGCUAAGGUCGAGACUCUUCAUCUAAUGGACCAGAUUAAAGAAAUGGGAGUACUGAUAGGGAAAGGUGGCUUCUUUGGCAACGUUUUCAGAAUUACUCCACCCUUGUGCUUCACUAAGGAGGAUGCUGAUUUUCUUGUUGAUGUGAUGGACUAUUCAUUGUCGAAGAUGUGAAAGAAGAUCCAUGCCAAUGGACAACGACCAUGAUAUUGAUCGAUAUGAUGCCGACAACUUCCGACAUUCUUAUUAGUAACUUCUGUGUAAAAAAAGUUAAAUUUGCAAUAAAAAUUAAGUCUUGGCUUGGGCUGCCUCACUUUGGUAAGGAGAUGUUUGAGACAUCACCUCGUUGUCUCUCCGCUCCGUUAUUAUUAUGUCAUUCACUAUCGAAUCGUGUGGACUGUAAAUUUUUCGUUUCUUGAAGAAUGUUUUCUCGUUCAGUUAUCGACUCUUUUGCU